GAGUUUUCACAUAAAAAAAUAUUAAGCCACAAUAGCACAAAAUGCCUUGUUUAAGUCGCAAAUCAAUAGUGUUAGUAAUCUGCUGUAUACUGCUGUUAAACUGUGUCCAUAUCCAGGGUGUAGAGGGUUGUCCGGCAGAAGUGUGCAUAUGCAAAUGGAAGGGUGGCAAGCAGACCGUCGAAUGUGGUGGCCAAUCACUGCCCAAUAUACCCGAAGGCAUGGAUCCUGGCACACAAGUUUUGAAUUUUAGUGGCAAUGCCCUGCAGGUUUUGCAAAGUGAACGAUUUCUGCGCAUGGAUUUACUGAACUUGCAAAAAAUCUAUUUAUCCCGCAAUCAAUUGAUAAGAAUACACGAGAAAGCCUUUAGGGGUCUUACAAAUCUUGUUGAACUAGAUUUGUCUGAGAAUUCGCUGCAACAUAUACCCUCGGAAACCUUCCAGGACUAUAGUUCUUUAAUGAGACUUACGUUGAGUGGCAAUCCUAUAAGAGAAUUAAAAUCAGCUGCCUUUAGAUAUCUGUCAUUUCUCACCACCUUGGAAUUAAGUAACUGCCAAAUAGAGAGAAUAGAAAAUGAGGCCUUUGUGGGCAUGGAUAAUUUGGAAUGGCUGAGAUUAGAUGGUAAUCGCAUUAGCUAUAUACAAGGUAAUCAUAUACUGCCGAAAUCAUUGCAUGGUAUAAGCCUGCAAAGUAAUCGCUGGACCUGUGAUUGUCGUCUGCUGGAUCUGCACUCUUGGCUUAAUAACUACAAUACUCCCCAGACCGAAGAGCCUAAAUGUGUAGAACCUCCUCGUCUCAAGGGUCAAGUAAUAAAAUCUUUAAAACGUGAAGAAUUUGCCUGCCUGCCAGAAGUUUCCCCUCAGUCCACUUACACCGAAGUAUCGGAGGGUCGCAAUCUUACCAUCUCAUGUGUGGUGAGGGCCAUACCAGAACCCAAAGUAUUAUGGCUAUUCAAUGGUCAAGUUAUGUCCAAUGACAGCUUUGUGGAUAACAUGCAUAUGCUCUACUACAUAGAUGAGUCCUCAACUACGUCGGAGGAGAAAAGAAGUGAAAUUUUCAUUUAUAAUGUGGGUAUAGAGGACAAUGGCACUUUUUCGUGUGUGGGACAAAAUAUUGCAGGCACCACCUUUAGCAACUACACCAUCAGAGUCAUGAUCAAAGAACCUCCUGUAGUUAAUGAGGUGUCAUUUCCUCAAAACUACAUGAACUACAUAGUAGCCAGUUCAGCGGGUGGUGGUAUUAUUUUUGUUCUCAUUUUAGCUUUCAUAAUCAUACAAUGUAAAAAGCGUCAGACUCCAGUAAAGCGUAAAAAAUGUCCCUCCUCAGGUGUUACUUCUGUCAACGGCAAUAACACCUCUUCUUCAGAUGGUUCAUCCAAUAACGACAAUGGCCUUAUGAAAUGCUCUUCCAUUAUAAACGACAAUGAUAGCUUAAAUGGCAAUUCUGGUUUGAUGCUAGGUCAAUGUGAUACCUUAACACCUACUAAACUCUCCAAGGAGAAUGGUGUCAUCUUGGGCAAUCAAAUAAAGCAAAACAUAAUGCUGUACAAUCCUCUUGACAGUUCCACACAAACCUUACAAUUAAGUGUUAAUAUGGCACAGGCCUCAGCUUUAAAUUCUGGCACUCCAACACCACCGCCACAAUCUCUAAUGGUUAAUCCCGCCUUAAGCUCCACGCUGGCUUACUGUUCACCACCUUCAUCACUACGUAACUAUGCGGAAAAGAAUCCAGAUUUAGUUAAUGAUGCCGAGUCGGGCUAUAAGCAUAAACUAAAAACUUCAUCGUCCCUAGAUGCUGGUGGCUCGGAGUAUGACAGUCAAAGUGAUUGUCAAAAUCCUGUGCAGUAUGAUCAGUAUUAUCAGCUGUCGGCACCACAGUUCGGUUCACAAAUCCUAAGGCCUAAUGCGGCUGCUGCCAUGGCCUCGUCAAGGUUUGGUGGCAUGACAACAUUGCCCAGAGGAAUGCAGUUGAAAACAGUCAUGAAUUCAAUACCUACUCACCCAGUUGAUGUGCAUUUAAAUCCUGUUUGCUUUUUGGGUCAGGAUGGUUUUGCCUACGAUUAUACAAAUGCCCAUCUACAGCAAUCACCACAGCAGCCUCCGUCACAUCAUCACCUAAUGCAGCAACAAUCAUCGGCUCAACAACAACACCAGCAGCAGCAGCAACAACAACAACAGCAUGCAAAUAUGCAACAACAGCAGCAGCAACAAAAUUUCUAUCGUACCUUACCGCACAAUAGAGCUCACAAACAACAACAGUUCGCCAAUGCAAAUAACAAUAAUGGUAUGCGGUAUAGUUUGGAGGCAGAAUUUCUGCAACAACGUUCAGGAACACCCACAUCCUACGACAAAUACAACAUACCAAAUGUACGCUUCACUGCUGAGGGAUAUCCACAAACACAUUUAGUGCAGUAUCCCUCACCUCCGGAGGGCUACAAAAGUAAUACAGAUCAACAACAGCAACAGCAGCAAAUGCAUCAGCAGCAGCAACAACAAUGGCCACCUUGUCUGCCGGGCUAUCAUGCCCAGCCCAUGCACUAUACACCCACUAUAAUGGGUAUGUUAAGUCCACAACAACAGCAUCAGCAGCAACAACCACUUACCUCUAUAAAUACUACAACAACACCGUUAAAUACCAAUACAACCCCAGUAACAACUACGUCAUCAGCAUCAUCGCAAACCAAUAUGGAUGCACAAAGAAAAAGAUGUGCGGCAGCACAGGCUGAUUCUUCAACCAUACCCGAAUGUGAUGAAACGGAUAUAUCACCAACAACAUCAUCACUUACAGUUAGUGUAACACAACAACAACAACAGCAGCAACAGCAACAAUCUAAACAGGAAACAACAUCUUGUUCUCUUAACUCAACAGAGAAAAAUACUAAAAUACGACAUUUAAAUGGUCCACUAGCCGACAGUCCCGAUGAGGGCUAUGUGGGCGACAGCCAUGAAACGUCAGUGACGACAACAUCAUCAACUACAUCACAGGAAAUGUGACAACAGCCAUCACGUUUGCUUAAGGUAAAUGGUUCAAUAGGAUCUCCCCUGAACACCAACAUCAAUACUACUACUACUACCACCACCUCAAUAUUAUCAUCAUCAGCCUCACCUACCAACUCGAAUAGUUUUUCACAUAAUAAUAGUGCCACCACACCUGCCUCUAACCACCUGAAAGCAACAACGCUAACAUCCAGCAGAAAUGCAUCAAAUUCACUUUCUGACGAUUCAGUGGCGUUGUAAGAAUACUCUGUGUGUGUAUGUAUUAAAAGUUUUUAAUUUAUGUUUAAGGGUUUUCUUACAUUUUGUUUUUAUUUUUCUCUAUCUACUAUAUUAAAAUGAAAUGAAAAGAGAAGACAGGACAAGAAAUAAGUUGAAGUUUUAGUUAAUU